AUGCUUACAACUACUAUCCAUUCCCCGCAACAUAAAAGAGUUCUUCGGAUGAGGAAUAGGAAACAUAAUUCUCCAUUAUCUGAUAUUCAUCGAACGGAUAAAUGGAACCAAAACGUUAUCACUAUUAAAAAAGCCAAGGAGAUACAUUUGGAAUUAAACAAGUGUGCUAGGAAUAUAAACAAUGCGUACAGCUUACAUAUUUUAUUUUCAAUAUCGACAGCUACCAUUUUGAUCAUUACUACAGCUUACAAUACGUAUUACUGUUUAUUAACUAAAAUCUAUCAUCCGCAAUCCCUUCAAUUCUUUAUUCAUUUAUUUUGGAUUUUUUUACACGGAUUGAAGAUCACUUUUGCAAGUCACGUAUGUGCAAAAACUGUAACGGAGGCGGCAAAUACCGGAGAUAUCCUUUGUGAAAUGAACGAACCAUCAAUCAGCAAAGAAUUUUGUACUGAGAUUCAUGACUUUAUUCUACAACUUAUUCAAAACCCAUUGUCAUUUACAACCUUUGGCUUUUUUGAUCUGGACUAUACAUUGAUACGUAAUAUCAUCGGUAUCAUCGCAAGUUACCUCGUUAUUUUAAUUCAAGUUGGAAGAGUACCAUAUGACGUUUUUGUUAAAAAUACGACACUAUCGACCAAUAAUUAAUAAGAAAUUUAAGGUCAACGUUAUCAUCAUAUUAAUAAAUAAGAGUCUACAAGAUCUAAAAAACUGAGUAAUCUUUAUAGUAUUCAAAUAGUGGCCUUUCGCAGCACGCUUGUAUAUGUUUUUAUAGUUCACAUAUUAUUGCUAAGAAAUAUGAAUAUUAUGCUUGAAAUGUGUGAGACGCAUCCGAAAAAUGCAAGUCAAACUU